AUGAAAUUUUCUAACUUUGGUAGAAACCCAAAUCAUUAUACCUUACCAACCUGGAGUACCUCAGACAUCAUUCAUGGACUCAGCUCGGUCUACUGAAUGAGCGAGAUGAAUGAGAGGAUUCUGGAUAUACAAUCCUUCUGAGUUUGUUCAACUCAGUUCGAGUUAAGCCUUCAAACAGAUUCCUCUUACAGCAAAAGUAUAUGAACCAAAUCGAAGAAGCAUGAAUGUAUCCCUUUCAAUGAAAGUUUUGGGGCAUUUAGCAUCCAGCUCCCCCAAGGAAAGCAUUGAUUAAAUUUGAAAGAUGAGCAUAUUGAUCAUCAAAAACUACAAGGGCUCUCUAAAAUUCCUAAAAGGAGAAAGAGAAGAACUAGUGAAUUAGAUAUCAAGCAUAGACUUUUGAAGCUCAAAGAUCGUAUUCUCUAUACAUAUAUGUCAGGGUUUUCUUCUACAAAAAAGAAGGCCAAGACUGCUAAUAAGAUACUUCUCUCAAGGAGGUCUAAGUAUAUUGGUGUCUCAAGAAACAACUCCAAUUGGCAAGCUCUUAUUAAUGUAGGAGAGUCCAAGAAGUACAUUGGCACAUUCGAGAACGAGCUCCAAGCUGCAAGAGCCUAUGACUUAUACUCACUUGCUCUAAGAGAUGAUCAGGGCUCACUAAACUUCGAUUAUAGCAAAGAAGAAAUACUAGAAAGAAUAGAAUAUUACUUGAAGAAUAAUUGAGUUAAGACAUGUUUUAGCUUAUAAUAUUUUUUGAGUUCAUAAAAUCUUAUUCCAACC